CGGGUUGUAAGACCCGCCAGGUGCAGAUUCUCUAAGGGACCCACGUUUCCCGGAGUCAUGGCGCCCCGGAUCCUCCUCCUGCUGCUCCUGGGGCUGCUGCUUCUGACCCAGACCCGGGCGGGCUCCCACUCGCUGAGAUAUUUCCACACCUCCGUGUCCCGGCCGGGCGGCGGGGACCCCCGCUUCAUCGUCGUCGGCUACGUGGACGACACGCAGUUCGUGCGCUUCGACAGCGACGCCCCGGAACCCAGGAUGGAGCCGCGCGCGCCGUGGAUGGAGCAGGAGGGGCCCGAGUACUGGGAGCGCGAGACCGCGAACUGCAGGAGCAAAGCACAGACCCACCGAGUGAACCUGCGGACCCUGCGCGGCUACUACAACCAGAGCGAGGCCGGGUCUCACACCAUCCAGAGGAUGUCCGGCUGCGACCUGGGCCCCGACGGGAGCCUGCUCCGCGGGUACGAACAGCAAGCCUACGAUGGCGCAGACUACCUCGCCCUGAACGAGGACCUGCGCUCCUGGACGGCGGCGGACACGGCCGCGCUCAUCACUAAGCGCAAGUGGGAGGCGGCCGGGGAGGCGGAGCGCUUCAGGGCCUACAUGGAGGGCUUGUGUGUGGAUUACCUCCUCAGAUACCUGGAGAACGGGAAGGGAACCCUGCAGCGAGCAGAGCCUCCGAAGACCCAGGUGACCCACCACCACGAACGCCAUGUCCCUGAGGGAGAGGUCACACUGAGGUGCUGGGCCCGGGGCUUCUACCCGGCGGACAUCGUCCUGACCUGGCAGCGGGACGGCGAGGACCAGACCCAGGACAUGGAGCUGGUGGAGACGAGGCCUGCGGGGGACGGGACCUUCCAGAAGUGGGCGGCUGUGGUGGUGCCCUCCGGGGAGGAGCAGAGAUACACGUGCCGAGUGCAGCACGAGGGGCUGCCUGAGCCCCUCACCCUGAGAUGGGAACUGCCUUCCCAGCGCACCAUGCCCAUUGUGGGAAUAGUUGUUGGCCUGGUUCUUCUCGCAGCUGUGGUCAUUGGAGCUGUGGUUGGAUUUGUGAUCUGGAGGAAGAAGUGCUCAGGUGGGAAAUAUAGACCUUUCAAGCUGCAAGCCAUGACAGUAGCCAGGGCUCAGAUGUGUCUCUCAUAGCUUCCAAAGCCUGAGUCCUUCCUGUGUGCGGCAGAGCGACAAGGAGUGUUCACAGCCUGCUCUGUGACUGAAGAACCUUGGACUUGUCUCUCUGCAACCGGGGUCUGAAGGUGUCUGCCCUCCUGUUAGCAUGACGUGAAGAUGUGGGGGGACAAACCUGUCCCACCAGGAUCCCCAAGCCCCCACUGACCUGUGUCCCUUCCCUGAUCAGUAUUCCCCAUCUCUGCUAGAACAUCUCCUUCCCCAUGUAACUUCCCUCCCUCUCAACUGCUUAAUCUCACUUCUCUAUUGAAGAAUAGGACCUGAUCAUGAA